CCAUCCUGACAAGCGUGUAACCGAGGCGUAAAACAUGUAUAUAAUGUUAGCAUGAUUAUAUAGGUCGCUCUUGAGUUUCUUUUGUGAUAUUUUGGCAUUGUGAUAUAAACGUCUGCCAUGUUUUUGAUAUAGUUCCUAAAUGGUGUUGUUAUAAAGACAUCCGUUUUCUUCCUUUAUUUCCGGUGGUCGCCCACGUGACUCCCCGCCCAUGUUACUACAUAACGAGCCUCAGACAUUCUUAUGAAAUAGCAUUACAGAGGUUAUUUUACUAAGGAAGCAGUUGCUGCAGCUCCAAACAGAAAAUCGUUUAGAUGUGAAUAAAAAUGUCAAUUUACAGGAACGCUGUGUGGUUUGUGAAGGGACUGCAGGAGUACACGAAGAGUGGUUAUGAAGCAGCAGCAAAGCACUUCACUCCAGGAGACCUGGAAGUGAACCUGAGUGGGAGGUCCUUCAUGAUCACAGGAGCAAACAGUGGGAUUGGAAAAGCCACGGCGCAGGAAAUCGCCAACAGAGGGGGCGUCGUCCACAUGGUUUGUCGAAAUAAAGGUCGUGCAGAAGCAGCCAAAGAGGAAAUUGUAGAGCAGAGUAAAAAUGAGAAUGUUUACGUCCAUAUUGUUGACAUGUCAAGUGCCAGACAAGUUUGGGAAUUUGUUCAGAAGUUCACUGAGACCCACACAGUCCAUGUUCUGAUCAACAAUGCGGGCUGCAUGGUGAACCAGAGGGAGGUCACUGAGGAAGGUCUAGAGAAGAACUUUGCAACAAAUACACUUGGUACAUACAUUCUCACCACAGCACUGGUUGACGCAUUAAAGAAGGUUGAAGAGCCAAGAGUGAUCACUGUGUCAUCUGGAGGGAUGUUAACGCAGAAGCUGAAUGUCGAUGAUCUCCAGUUUGAGAAGGGGACAUUUGACGGCACCAUGGUCUAUGCACAGAACAAAAGACAGCAGGUGAUCCUAACACAGAGAUGGGCUUCACAACACAAAGAGAUCCAAUUCUCCUCCAUGCACCCCGGCUGGGCCGACACACCUGCCGUCCAGUUGUCCAUGCCAUCCUUCCAUGCUAAGAUGAAGAACAGGCUGAGGACAGAGGCCAUGGGAGCAGACACUGCUGUCUGGCUGGCUGUGUCUCCCUCUGCUGUCAAGCAGAAGAGUGGACUUUUCUUCCAGGAUCGUCAGGCAGUGUCGACUCACCUGCCUCUGGCCUCCAGCAGGUCAACUCCUCAGGAGGAGGAGAGACUUUUGGCUGUGCUGGAGGAGCUGGCCCUUAAAUUUAAACCUUAACACAUCUGCAGAUGCUGCAAACCCGCCCUGAUGAACUAAGAAUAAUACUACUGAUGUUUACAGGACUAUUUGAACAGAUCCAGUGUGUACACGUUUAGAUAGUUUUUAACUAACCACUCUUUUUUGCAACUUUGAAGAUGAAACUGUAGUUGACGUUAUGACGAUAGUCAAAUGUUUAACACUAAGUGUAGAUUUAUGUUAAAUAUAUUCAUUAUAAUAAAUGUACCAAAAUUGUUUA